CAGCGCUUGUCUCCGUUUCCAAAGGAUGCAGUCCCACGAGGAGGAGGAUGUUGGGCUCGAGGCGGUCCAGGGCGCCCUCCAGCCGAUUUGGGACGCCAUGCUGGGACAUCGGGACGUCCUCACCUCCCCGCUGACGCCCGGGCUCAGCGCUCUCAUCAUCCACCUUGUUCUCUGCGCGCCUUUCUUUCUGCUCGACGUGCUCGCGUGCGUGUGUCCCCGCGUGCAUUCGUACCAGAUCUCCGAGAGCACUUCGGGAAAGCGCGUGCUGCGCAAUUGGAGUAUGACCCUCAAGAGGAUACUCGUGAACUACGCGGCGGUGAUCGUGCCGUUCACCGCGGUGCUGCAGUCCCUCACGAGCCCCCGGUUCCCGCUCCUCGCGCCCACCUGCUUGCAGCUCUGCGUCCACGUGGUGCUCUGCGUGCUGCUGUUCGAUCUGCUCUUCUUUGCGUGGCACUGGGCUAUGCACAGGUUCCGAUGGCUGUUCCUCCACGUCCACCUGCACCACCACCGACACCACCCCGUCCCCAUCGCCCUGGCCGCCCAGGACGCCGGCGCGGCCGAGGUGCUGUCGCAGCUGCUGCUGGCGCUGGGCACCGCCCGGCUCCUGGGGCUGCACCCCCUCAGCGAGGCCGCCUUCCACCUGCUCAACAGCUGGCUGGCCGUGGAGGACCACUGCGGCUACCGGCUGCCCUGGGGCCUCCAGGGGCUGCUGCCCCGGCUGGGCGCGGGGGCCCCCCACCACCAGCUCCACCACAGCCUCCAGAAGGGCAACUACGCCCCCUACUUCACCAUCUGGGACCGCCUCCUGGGCACGGAGCUCUGACGGCGUUGGCCGCGCCUCAGGGAUGACGGACGGGACGGGGGGCCAAUGAGACGCGGGGGUUUAGCCGCGCUGGUUGGGAAGUCGUUUUACUGAGGAAAACUAUGAAUGAAUGAAUUACUAUGGAUCUUUUAUUUUUAAAAGGGAAUGAAAUUAGGGAGAUGAUUAUGAUUAUUUCAUGGGAUCAUCUUAAAUAGUUAUUUUUUUGUGAAUAAAAUUUUAUAUUUAAUUUAAAGAGAAUGUUCUAGUCUAUCCGACCAACACGUCUCUGUGGUAGAGCCAUGCAUCAUGGAAUGCACGCUAUUGCACGGUUCUCAGCUGAGUCAGUCAGACUCAGUGCUACCGGAAACUCGACUGGAACGGGAGGAGUCGUCCACACGGGCGAAAAAGGAUAUUUUCCCCUCCUCUAUCCUUUGAUGCGUUUCAGCAAUAUCUCCGUAAAGACGGACUCAUGGCACAAGCACUCCUAGCUGUAGAAACGCUGUAGUAGAUAUUCAAGGCCACUCUGUGGCACUGGUUCUCCACCAACUGCGCCUGCGAAAUGUAUACAAACAUACAGUCGAGGAGGAGAAAGCAGUUGUUAAACCUUUUAGAUUGAGCAGAAAUCGAUCUAAUCCACCCUGGGACCUGGUUUCAGAGAAUUGUGUUUUCGGCCACUGAAAACGACGCUCGCCCCAAUCGCACAAGACGUAUGCAUUUUCAUAAAAUAAUAAUUUCUGUGUGGAUGGGGCCUCAGUGAUAGGGUGAGACCCUCCUGCCCCCACUACCCCAACCCGGAUCAGCGAUUGAAGAUGAGAUGAGAUUUAUUUUAAAGAAAUUAAAUUAUUUUAUUCAGGUAUGUUACACUGCUCAUUUAAAAGCAGGUACGAGUAUGAAAGAUGGUGGAUCACGAUGAAGCAUUUCCAGAAGUUAUGUCUAAAUUCAUAUGGAUUGGAAGCCCUAAGUUUGAGUCACUUAAAUCCUAGGCUAACGAGAACAAUCGCACCUCAAUCACAGAUCUUUAUGUAUUUCUUUUUUCUGCAUUUCAGUUUUCACGAGUAUCUUUCCACUGUCCAAAUGUAUUCAUUCAGAUAGGGGAGCGGAUCUGAAUGAUGAAUGACACUUUAUGAGGCUGCUGUUAGCCACCAGUGCUCACCACACAUGUUUCUGUUUAAAACAAUGAAAUCAUGAGCCCUGAGCAACCCCCUGACAUUCCUGAGAAUAAACCAAAAGCACAUUCAACUUCAU